GCAGCUACCUCUGAGAAAACUGCUACUAUUGCGGAUUUGGGGUGAAGUUCUAAAAAAGGGAAUGCAUUGAUUUGACAUAAUAUUCAUAUUUUUGUUUUGCAUAACCCAAAGGGUUCCCUAGAAGUUUGUCGAUGGGAUCUAUGGAUGCUGAGUGUUUGGAGUGCAUGUCCUGUGUGCAGCCUGAGCUCUCCGCUGCAGAGGAGGAAAGCUGCUGGCAGGGAGAUGAUGACAUUGCUGGCCAUGAGAAGGGAAGACAGCCUGAGGAUGUGCACAGCUCCCAGCUUCCAGAAGCCCCACAACUGGGGGACCAGCAGGAAGACAUCGUAUGUGACUACAAACCAUGUUUCAACCCCUACAAAACAUGGGCUCCCACCUUCUACCCCUGUUUCGGCAAGGAGCAAUUCUGGUUUGCCGGACACCAAAUUGUCGUUCAGGAGUCCAUUGAAAGCUACGGAGGAGUAAUAUGGCCUGGAGCAUUAGCUUUAUGUCACUUUCUGGAGGACAACCAAGAAGAAUUUAAUUUGCAACACAAGAAAGUACUUGAACUUGGCUCAGGAACAGGCUUGGUAGCCAUUGUUGCCUGCAUUCUAGGAGCUCAAGUCAUAGCAACCGAUUUACCGGAUAUACUUGGAAACCUGAGUUUUAAUUUGGCAAGGAACACACGUGGGAAGAGACUGCAUGACCCAGAAGUAAGAGUGCUGUCGUGGGGGCAAGACCUCGAAAUCAACUUCCCCCAAUCAUCCUGCCUGUAUGAUUACAUCUUCGCUGCCGACGUUGUAUAUCACCAUGCGCACCUGGACAAGUUAAUGGAAACCAUGAAGCAUUUGUGCCAGCCGGGCACUAACCUGAUUUGGUCUAAUAAAUUUAGAUUUUCCACAGAUUAUGAUUUCUCAAGAUGGUUCAGUACGACCUUUAAUACAGAGGUCCUGGCAGAGUUUCCAAGCUCGGAGGUCAAAAUAUUUAAUGCAACAUGUAAAUCGGACUGAAUUCCCAAGAGGUUUUCAUGUAAAAACAAAACAAAAAAAAGACGUAUGUACAGUGUAUGUUUAAGUCUUGUAUUGCAGCUCGUAUAACGGAAGUCCACA